AGCCGGCACCGGGAGCGCUGCAGGGAUGAGCAGGGAUUCGGGGAUGAGCAGGGAUUCGGGGAUGCUGAGCCGAGCAGGGGCAGCGAUGCCCCUGGAGCCCCUGGUCUGUGCCGACACCGCCACGCGGGUGAGCUCCGUGCUGAACCGGGACGUGAAGCACUUUGGCAAGCAGCACCUGUUCGAUGGCAGCGAGGAGACCUGCUGGAACUCGGACCAGGGCGCGUCCCAGUGGGUCACCCUGUGCUUCCCCCGGCCCGUCAGGGUCUCGCAGCUCCACGUCCAGUUCCAGGGGGGAUUUUCCAGCCGGCUGUGCACGCUGGAAGGCUGCAGAACGGGUGAGGAACUGGUGAAGAUAUCGGAGCUGUACCCCCAGGACAGCCACGCCAUGCAAAGAUUCCAGGUGGAGGAGACGGUGCUGGAUAAGCUGAAGAUCACCUUUGGGAGCAGCACGGAUUUCUUCGGGAGGAUCGUGGUUUAUCACCUGGGGGUGCUGGGGGAGAGGCUCUAGGGGGGACCCCGGGCUGUCCCCACCCCUGGGGGCUCCGAGGACCCCGUGAGGGGCGUCCCUGUCCCCGGAGGUGACACCUGGACACCUGUGACGGGAUCAAUAAAUGACAUUCCUGCUC